UCCCAAAGUCCCAAGCCCCCUCCCCUCGCCAAACCCUACGCCUCGCCUCCGCCUGUCUCCGCCGCCCGCCCCUUCCCCCCUCGCGCCUCCGCGCAGUGACCGCUUCACGCCGUGCCGUGCUGAGCCGUGCAGUCGGUGGCGCGGACGGCCACUCCCCCAGGCGCCGCCCGCCGCCGCCUUUGAUGUCUCCCACCUGCCGCCUCGGCUUCCUCUGGCCCUGGUCGCAGAGCUCCCAAGAGGAUCCCCAAGCGGUCACUUCCGGCGCGCAGAGAUUGCUCCCCGCACAGCAGCCGAGAUGAGCGGCGCCGGCGACAAGAUCUUACUAUUUGGGUCCUUCACAGAGGAUGAGACUAAGUUGUUCCAGGGUCAGCCUCUCAAAAGUCCAACUAAAAGCGUGGACAAAACAUGGGAACUACCUGAGAUCCAGUUUGGCUCACUGAAUCUUUCAGUGUUAAGUUUACAGAAAGCUUCAAACCCUAUUGAUAAGGAUGUUGUUCUUCCUGCAAAAUCAAUCGGUGUCCAGAACAGAGCCAUUACCAAUACCAAAGAUGCUGCAUGCAGUAAUAAAAAGGAAACUGUAAAAUCAAGCUUAUCAAACGGUGGGCCAUUGCUGGCCAAUGGUAGCCCCACUGCCAAUGUCUCUCCUAAUAAUGGCAUCUUUGAGAAUGUAAAGAAGACUGGGGCUGUGGUUCCGUCAGGUGUGCCUGUCAAAAACAUCAGCAGUUCAGCACCACACACAGCAUCAGAGGUGCACAAAGAUGGCAUCAAAUGCACACAAAGCAGCAAUUUAGAUAAGGAAAUAUCUGAAAAUGGACGCCCAGUUGUUGAUACACCUAUUGUUGCAGCUCCAGCAGACGAGGCAGCCACAAGCUUCAAUAAGAAAGCCUCUCAGAACAUGCCCUUGCUUCCUCAUGGUUUGAAGAAUACUGGAAAUAUUUGCUUCCUAAAUGCAACCUUGCAGGCACUGCUUUCGUGCUCACCUUUUGUCCACCUGUUACAGGACCUGAGAAAUCGAAGUAUACCUAAGGUUGGCUACCCAACCUUGAGUGCAUUUGUUGAGUUCAUCUCGCAAUUUGAUGUGCUUGAUGAGUCAAUAAUGAAGAAAAACGAGAAGGCUUCUAUUGUUGCCGCAAAACCACUUAAUCCUGCCAUGUUUGAUACUGUUCUUAGAAACUUUACCCCAGAUGUGCCAGCUGGAACAUCUGCUCGGCCAAGGCAAGAAGAUGCUCAAGAGUUUUUAAGUUUUGCCAUGGAUAGAAUGCAUGAUGAACUGUUGAAGCUUAAUGGCAAUGGUUCAAAUUCAAAGGAGGGUAUGGUUGUUUCUUCUGCUGAUGAUGAUGCUUGGGAGACAGUUGGGCGAAAGAACAAAUCUGCAAUAGUUAGAACUCAGAGUUUUGUUCCCUCUGAGCUAAGUGCUAUUUUUGGAGGUCAGCUACAGAGCGUUGUGAAAGCUGCAGGUAACAAACCAUCAGCCACCGUUCAGCCUUUCAUGCUGCUCCAUCUUGAUAUAUUCUCAGAUGUUGUUCAGACGCUUGCCGAUGCACUUCAUCUGUUCUCAACUCCUGAGUCUUUGGAAGGAUACAGAACAGCUGCGGGAAAGGCUGGUUUGGUGACGGCUAGAAAAUCAUUCAAGAUACACUCACUUUCGAAGAUAAUGAUACUACACUUGAAGAGGUUCAGUUAUGGAAAUCAUGGGAGCACUAAACUCUAUAAGCCACUCCACUUCCCUCUCCAACUGGUUCUUAGUCGUGAUCUGCUGUCCUCGCCGGCAUCAGAGGGUAGAAGAUAUGAACUUGUUUCAACCAUCACUCAUCAUGGAAGGGACCCGUACAGGGGACACUAUACCGCUGCUGCGAAGCAUGCCAGCGGGCAAUGGCUUCGGUUCGAUGAUGAUUCCGUCGCGCCUGUCGGUGUGAAUGAGGUCUUGCAUGACCCGGCAUAUGUCCUGUUCUACCAACAAGUAUAAGUCUGAAAAGUACUACGCAGUGGAUUAGCCCUUCCUUAUUGCUUACACAGCCAAAUAUACUGCCUAACUAUCGCCCUAUUAAUGUAGGAGCCGAGUUAUUGUGUUAAGUGUCCUGGUUGCCUGUGUUUAUUUAUAUGCUUGGUUACAUAGCGAGAGAGGGACUUUUUUUCAGCCCAUUUUGAGGUUUUGUAAAAUUCAACUGCUUAUCAUUGUAUGGCCAGCAAAGUAAUCAGGAGAUACUAAUCAUGUCA